GCAGUCAAUACUAUAUCUAUAUAUAAUAUCAACUAAUAGCGUCUUUUAACCUGUUUAAAUGUCCACACCUACAAGCUAUAUUAGCUAUCGGCCUACAUCAAACAACUGCCAUUUACUAAGAUUGUCGUGAAAGCAUGACGCGAUUUACUGGAUACAGAUUUGUUUUUGGUGUAGUGUGCUGUGUCCUGUUCCUAUUUACUGUGUAUAUCAAUAGAGAUUACGUGAGCCAUAUGGUAAUUCCGAACACUAUAUAUAAUACAAACCCUCCAUUUAAUACACAUCAUCCGUAUUCACAGAACAUAAAUAAAUCACAUGAUUUACAUCUGACAGAUUACGAAAUAAAACCAGAAGUCACGACUGGUUCACACAAGCUCACCGGAUAUGCGCAAGAUAUCAACUCUACCAACUGCUCGCCAAUUCAGGAUAUGGCUUUUUUAAAGGUGCACAAAUGUGGAAGCAGCACUACGUCGAAUUUACUCCACCGUUAUUCAAUCAAGAAUCAUCUGAACACUGUUCUAACAAAAAAGAGGAACAAUUAUUGGAUUCUAGGCAGUGCAAGUGAAGUGAUUCCCUUACCAAAGGGCGAAUAUUUUAAUAUUUUGGAUCUUGAUACUUUUUAUAACAAAGCACUUUACCAGAAAGUUGUACCACAUGCCAAGUUCUAUUUGGCUAUAAUGCGUGAACCCGUUUCGCGAUAUAUUUCGUUCGAAUUUGACGGAUCGUUUCAUGGAGGUAAAUUUAGAAGGAAUAUGUCCCAAGUGUACAUGUUCGAGGAUCCGAAUGCUGGCGAUCGACGAUCGUUACUCCAGCAAAUGAGUAACGAAUUUGGAUUAUCCAUAAGCAGUCGUUUUGACGACAAACUAAUCAAAUCACAUUUGGAGACCAUCGAUAAAGAAUUUAAUUUCGUCAUAAUACGUGAAUAUUACGAUGAAUCAUUAAUACUGUUACGUCGACGACUGUGUUGGCGAAUGCAAGAUGUGCUAUAUAUCCGCAAGAACACGAAUUUAAAAAAGAAGCCAUCUCCCAUUACCCCGAGUGGUAGGGAGAAGCUCGAAAAACUUUUAAAAGCUGAUGUCAUUUUCUACAAUCAUUUUAAAAAUAAAUUAUUUAAAUCAAUUCAUGAAUUAGGUGUGGGAUUUCUACACGAAGUUUCGCAUUAUAGACGUGUUUUAAAAUUAGUGAGAGAUUAUUGUGUGUAUGGUAAAGAUAUGUGGCCAAAUGUAGAUAUUGAAGCGAGUGUUUGGAAUGAUAAGUUCUCCGUCAGUAAAGAGGAUUGUGAAUUGAUGCUAUUGGUAGAAGCCCCGAUGGUUAAAAUGAUGACGGAAAAGGCCAUGGCGAGAUACCAAGCAUCAUUAAAGACCCAAGAUUCCAAAUCUUAAUAUCAGUUGCAGGAUAUCCAACCAUUCCGGUGUUUGCUUACAAAUGUAUAUUACACACGCCACUUUGAAUCUCCGAUGGCUGUAAUCAAUGGUGACUGUAAAAGCCACGGCGAGAUAACGAGUUACGUAGAAUUCCUAAAUUCUCACGGUUAAUAACAAUACAGCCCAGUCCGGUUGUUGAUCGUAUAGUCCCGAUACCAUUUGUAACGGAAGAAACAGUUAUCUAGAUAACAUGUAUUGUAGCUGAUCUCGGGUGUCUAUUCGAAUUGGGUUUAUCAAUAUUUCUAUUCAGAAGGA